AAUUAUCAAUAUCAUUAUCAUUACAUUACUGCUAUUUUAAAGUUAUCAUAAUGAUAACAACAAUAUUAUUGUUGCUAUUAUUUUCAUAAAAAGUCUAAUAAUAUAAAACCUAGCCUUUCAUUAGAGGUAAUUAUAACAAAAGUAACACUAAUACCAACACAUAGUAGUAGUGGUACAAUCAGCAGUAGUAGCAGGAACAAUAAUAUGAUACUGAUGCCAAGAAUAGAAGUUAAUGAUGAUGAUGAUAAAAAAAUAACAAUGUAAUUCUAAUGUCAAUAAGAAUAACCAGCAUCAUCAUGAUCAUAAUAAUAAUAAUAAUAAUAAUAAUAAAUAUAAUGAUGAUGAUAAUAACAAAAACAAUUAAUCAAAUAUUAAUAUGACUAAUUACCCCAUAUCUUCCAUUACAACUAUUCUAAAGUACAAUGAUAAUGUCAUAGGCUCUAUGGAAACCAAUAAUUUAUAAAGACAGACAGAAUUCUACCAUCAUACUAUGACAAAUAAAAUCAGAACAUGAAAUAUUACAUUGUGCCUAAAACAUAAUGAAUAAAAUAAUAAAAAACAAAUUAUAACCAUUCUGAAGGAAGCAAGGAAAUGGCAAAUUAUCUCUGUAACAAGACAAUUCACAUAUUGAAAUCAAGUAAUAGUUAUUAUUUUUUUAAGAAACUACUUGGAGACUUAACUGCCUCAUGGCAUUUACUUCAACAAGCACUGGAAAGAGAAUAUCUAUAUGUAAAUAUAAACUGUAAUACAAGAAAUUAUGACUAUUUUAAUAUAGUAAAAUCGGAGAUGUUAAAUUAAUGUCAUCAUAAUUUUCAUUCCUUGACAUUUUUUUCGGAUAUCAUUAUCUUUAUCAACGGAACAGUAAUAUUACCAAACGAUAAUUACGAUAAUUACGUAAUAGCCCAUCGCAAGAACAACUAUGGUAUGGACAAAAUGACAUUUUCUCUAAUUAUAAUAAUACCAAUGGGCUGCAAGUGAUAAUUACCGACAAUCAACUAUUAAGUCAUGUCUGUCACUUAAAAAGAUUAUGAACUGAAGACCGGAAACCACGCGUUCACAUGCGCCAGGUACACGUAUAUGGGCGUAGAGGGAGUACAACCGUUUACUAUUCCUUGCGUAACAAUGGUCAAUGAAACCACCCACAGUACAAUGGAAAGAAACAUAAAGAAGAGGGAGAAAAAGUUACCAAUUCUUUCCUUUCUAUAAAAUCUUUGGUGACGAUUCCGGUUUAAGAUAAGGCUGAGAUUUUAUGAAAUUCUUCCGUCUUUUUUAUAUAUAUAUAUAUAUCAUGCGAUGAACAGGUUUAAAAGAUCACAUCAGCAAGAGAAAGUUCACGUCAGCUGUUUUUCACGAUUUGUGGGUUGAAGGUUGGACUCAUAUCACGGUUGCUGCUUCGUGUUUCCUUCGCGGAGCCACAUCGAGGGCUCAAUUCACAACGAAAUCCUAAAUAGAGCCCUAACCACGCGCUAUUUACCCAAAACCAUCCACUCAUUUUCGAGAGCUAAAUUAUUAAUCAGGGAAAAAAAUAAUUUAAAAAAUCCCUCGGUUCCAACUCACUCUUCAUACUAGAGCCAUGCGCGUUGGACGAGUGACGUCAUCGUUUGGCUCCGCCCACCUCGCGCUCCCAUUGGUCCGUUCGGCCUCUUGUCAGGAAAUGCUAUUUGGAGAGCUAGCAUUUCGACUUGCAAUUUUCUAGAUCCUCUAUGCUAGGGUCUCAUUCUGCUCCCAUAGAGGAGUCGGGCGAGGAGGAGGGUCCUUAUCAGUCUGGGUUUUUGCUUUAUAAUGGAGGGAGAAUGGAGAUUUACGUGUCUGUCCUGGCUUUGCAGAACGAGGCAGAUGGAGAGAAUAGCCCAGCCACCAGACACCCAUGCCUGACGUGUAACUAAUUACCGACUAUCUGACCUAGAUUUUAGCGAAAAUGGCGUGAUGUGGGUGGGUGGGUGGACGCCAUGCAUCACCAGUGCAUCGGUGAGCAAGUGCCUCAUAAUGGCAGGGUUUCUAUAUAUUCCGCUUCGUCAACAUAAUAAAUGUUGUUGCUGCUGUACGACCCCCUCCCAUCCCAGAUCCGGCCCUCACCGGCGUGAUGUUUGCGAGUGACGUCAUUAAAAUGCGAUACAUAAGGCGUCUUUCUCCGGGAUAUCAGUUUGCAUUAGGAUUCCCUCUCGGCUUUGAUACCAUGCAGAAAUGAGUGAGUGAAUGGAGGCGAAACGAAUGUUGAGUUAGGAAGAAGAGGUGGGAACCUCGCGGACACGAUCCGGUGGGCGGGGCUUGCGCGAUGACGUCAUGGAUAGAAUGGGUCACAACAAGAGGCACCUUGUUGUACGAUAACCCACCGGAUGCGGAUGUUUCGCCCAUUAUCUCGUCUCGGGGCAUAUCCUCAUCUCGAGUUACGUCGAGCAAUGCAUCUUCAUUUUACGCCAUGCGAACUGUGGGGCCCCAGCAAGGGCAAGGGAGGGUACUAGCGUAGGAAAAAGGCUGAGAUAACGGAGAUGAAAGGCGCGUGGUGGCAACCCGAUGCCGGGAGCCCGUGCGCGGCGGAGGGCGGCCCCGUAGCGCCCUGGAACGUUAGAGGAUGGUCAUGUCUAGCUUGCAAUGGAUGAUGAUGGCCAGAAACAGAGACUACUUGACGUAAUAGGAGAUCCUCAUGCACUUGAAACUUUUCUGGAAAAUUUCCCUAGCUCGAGUUUUCCCACUGACGGUGGUCUCCUCUGGCAGGGCUUAGACUCUCCUCGCUUCGACAAUGUGACCUCCUCAACGGACUCCGGGCUAGUCAGCAGUUGCCUGGACAACCUCGUCUUAGAUGGCCAGUUUCUUGGUCAAGUGCGGGGGGGCAGCCACCCCCUCAACCACUCGCAGGUGCCCACCCAUGUGUUACAGCAAGUCUUACCUUCCCCUACACUCCCUGCUGCACCACAGGGGGCACCUCAUCCUCAGCAGCAGCAACAGCAACAUCAGCAGCCACAGCCACAACAGCCACAGCAGCAACCGCCUCAGCCACCCCAGCCGCAGCAGCCACCCCAGCCCCAGCCACACCAGCAAGCUCCGCAUCCCCAGCAUCAGCAACAUGCCCAUCAGCAGCAGCAAAAUGUAGCCAUUCAGUCAUCUGGGGCUCCCCAUGUGGUGGGGGCCCCAAACACCAAUGGGGGGGAUGGAAGCCGGGAGAAUGACCCCCCCACCCUACAACAGCUCCUGGCCUCCCCUGCUGCAUUCCCCUCCCAGCCACAGCCGCAGGGCCAGCUUCUCUCACAGCCACACCACCAAGCAAAUGUCGGAGCAGUGGGCCAUAGCUUGCCCCCGACGAUACUCACCACAACAGCUUCUCGUCUGCCCUCCAUACCACAAGCACAGCAGCCCCAGCCGCAGCCACAGCUUCCAGUCCAACCCUCUCCACGUCCAGUUGCAGUCAGGCCUCAGAUUUCCCCUGCAACAAAGAAUAGUCAGGGGAGUCUCCCAACCACACCCCAGCCUCCUCCUCAGGUCAUUUCGCAAGCUGCUGCUCAAGCCACGUCCCAGGUUAUGUCAAGCGGAGUCCAGUUGGUAGGGGGGCCCAACCAGGUAAUCACAUCAGGGGGCCAGAUUAUAACGUCCGCCUCACCACAACUCUUACAGGGCACCCAGCUUCUGCAGGCACCUGGAUCCACACAGGUCAUGCCAACCAGCCAACUUCUUCCAGGUGGGCAGGUGUUGCACAAUGGCCAGGUUCUGCAGGGGGGACAGGUGCUCCAUGGAGCACACAUGUUGCAUGGGGGUCAGAUUUUACAAGGAGGUCAAGUCAUACAAGGCAGCCAGGUGUUACAGGGUGGCCAGCUCAUCCAGGGUGGGCAAGUGAUCAACAGUAGUCAGCUGAUCACUACCACAGCCCAAAUGGUCAGCACUGGUGUAACUGGCCUUGGUGGGGCUCCAGCACCUCUCUAUGUAACACCCAGCAGCCCAGCCAUUCAGCAACAGCAGCAGCAACAACAACAAACACAUACAGUAACAUUACAGCAAUCAGGGCAGCCUCCCACACCAGCAGCCUCUCCAUUCUCCGUUCCCAGCAAGUCACCAGGAACAGCAUUACCACGUACCUCGCCCAGUCCAUCAUCCUAUCAUCCAACCACCCCAUCACCCCAUCCAGCAGUACCAAGUCCUGUCCAAUAUAGCACGCGAUCUCCUGCACCAUCUCCACACAGCAAUGUCAGUGCCAUGAGGUCCCCUGCUCCACCAACUCCCUCCCCAGCUGCCACCCCAACACCUCAGACACACAGCAGUAUAAGCCAACUGCCACAACAGCAGCCAGCAGCUGGUGUGGUUCAGGGUGUAAUGGGUAAUGUUGGAAUGGUGCAAGGCUUAGUUCCACAGUUGCCUCUUUCACAGGUGGUUGGGUCUAAUGGCAUGGUGUUACCACAGCCAGGUGUACAGCAGGCCACAGCUGGUGUGAAGCAGAUGGUUUCAGGAGGGCAGCUAAUCCAGAUAGUUUCAUCACCACAGCCAACCCAACCAAGGCAACCUCUUGUUACACCUUCUCAUAAACCAAUACAACCCAAACAACCACAGUUGUUGCCCAAGCCUCCACAACAAGCUGUGGUUGGCCAGCCUCCCCCUGCACCCCCAGGGAAAGCCCUCAUUGGCAGUCGUCCCGUCACCCCUGGCACUCAGCAGCCAAUUGUCAUUGGGGCAGGGGGUCAGCAGGCCACUACAAUGGUUGCCAGCCAGCAAGGUCUUGGAGGGUUUGUCAUCAACCCCUCCCUUCUGCAGUCAAGUCUUCAGCAACCUCUACUCAUCCAACAGCCCAACGGCGUCCUCCUGGUCAGACCAUCUGGACACUCGGGUGCAGGGGCCCCUGGGCAAGCCCUGCUAGUGCCAAUGCCAGGUCAGCAUCAGUUGGUGAGUGCUGGAGCUAAAGCCAGCCAGCCCCAGACUGUUGUUUUUCCAGGCAAUGGUCAGGGUGGUCCAGCUUUUGUUAUCCCCCAGAAUAUUGGGCCUGGUAUGAUAGGAGCACCAGGUGCUGCACGGGGACCCCAGCCUAUCAUCAGAUUGGUUGCACCCCAAGCACCACUACAGCUUCAGCAAAUCCAGACCCCAAAUGGUCCCACGUUUGUAGCCGUGCCAGCAGGCCAGACGGUAAACCUACAGGGUCUUAUAGCAGCUGGGGGUGCUACAAUGAGAACCCUGGCACCACAAGUGGGCUCAGGGCCCCUUCAGCUUGCCCCUUCCUCUGUGGCGACGGCAAAUAUGGCUCCGGUGGUGAGUAUGGGUCAUAUACAAAUGCCGGGGAGCGGACAACAGUUGCAUGUGUCUGUUCCAGGAGCACCUCUCCAGCUGGCUUCAUCUUUACCCUCCUCCCUCCCAUCUGUGAUAACCACCACUAAGCAAACUGUGAUAGAAGAAAAUGUGGCACCUGCCUCCAUUGUGACAGCUGCUGAGGUUGGGACACACCAAACUGUGAGUGACCCCAAUAAAAAUACUAAGAAAAAGUCCAAAAAGAAAAAGAAAGAGAAAGAACCCAAAGAUGAAAAAUUGAAGAAUAAAGGGAGUUCAAUCAACUUGAAUGAUAUUUUAAAAGAAACUGGCAUUAUGGGUGACAUGAUGCUGUUUGAUGAGAAUGAAAUAGGGCUUGGAAGUGAGGGGUUAGAAGGUGGCCAGACGACAACUACUCCUGUAGCCUCAGCAGCUGUGGCACAGGCAGUUGUCACAACAGCUCCUGUGUCAGCUAAUAUACCUAGAUCUGAAUCCAGCACGAGUUUUACUCCUGAAAGUACCAGUCAUGUUGUAAUGGGCUCAUCUCAGACACCCACUUUGGUGGGCAUAUCCAGCUCAUUUCCAACAGGGACGGUUGUAACAAAUUCAACAAGUGGGCUAAUGACGUCUGUGGCAAAUGUACAAGGUGGUAUGUGCUUGACUUUGGAUCCUAGUGGCAAGGUUAUCUUGGGGUCUGAUCUCACCAAACCUCAAUUGACUCUUCCAUCAACACCAACAGGUUCACAGGUUGGUGGGUUGGUGAUACCAGCCUGUCAGCAUCAGAUGCAAGUGAUAGGAGGGGCAGGUGUUGGAGUGUCAUCUGUGGCAGGCAUGGGCAGUGGAGGAGGUGUGGUGAAUGUGAUGAAUAGUGGCAUGCCCACAGUGAUGGCUGGAACUGGAGGUGCUGGGAUGAUUGGAGCCAAUGCUCUUCCCACUGUGGGAUCCCUGCCUUCCUUCACCCAGUUACUCACUACCCCAACGCAGGUGACAACGAACGUCGUUGUUCAUGGGCCAAGUGGGACUUCAAAGACGCGGCCAUUACAGCUGCAGCAAGCUGUGCCAAAGGUGACACAGUUGCCAGCCAAGACCCAGACAGGAGGGGAUAUCUCCCAGGUGGCCCAGAACACACAUCUGUUGCAGACACUACACUUGCCUGCCUCAGAGAAAACUUUCACCCCUGGACAGCCUCUCCUGCCAUCACUCCUGUCGGGGCAACAGGGUCUCUCCAAUGCCAGUGGAGAACAGUCCAGUGUUCCUGUGCAAGUUUCGACCGAUGGUGGUGGUUCUAUGCUCACAGUAGUCAGUGUAGGAGGUGUGAUGAGCAUACCUGAAGGUGGAGUGUCAACUGGUACAACUUUUUCCUCGCCGGCUCCUCUUAGUAUACUGGUGCCCAGUCAAGCUAGCCAAGUGCCUCAGAGUUCUGCUGUGAUUGUGUCUUCUAGUGCUACAAACAGUGUUGUGUCUGGUGCUAUUAUAAGCCACAAACCCUUUGUUACCAACUCGGCACUCAUUCCACAAACUAGUGUUACACAAACUAAUUCAGAAAAUGUGCCAAUGUCACAAAACCAUCCCCAGAUUGUAAAUACUUUGCUGCAAGAUAAUGUUCCUAGUCACACCAGUAAUACAGGUGCAUUUGUAACUAAAAACAUUGAGAGUAACAGUAAGCCUCCGAGCUUCCAGAAUGAAUAUGUUGCAUCCCUUCAGAAAGGUCAAAAUCUCAUAGACUCCAGUAAAAAUAAAUCAAAAUCAAAUAAAAAGAAGAGAAAAGAUAAGGAGACUGACUCCAUUCCACCUAUGCCAUCAAACCAGAUAAUAGGGAAACAGAGCUUACAGGAGAGACUGAAAGCAGGCACUGCUAACUCCACCAGUGGGACAAACCAGCAGUCGAUGCCUCUGGCAGCACUACCCAAUGGCCUAAGUGGUUCCAGCCUCAAGACACCAGCCCUUAACUUGAGCAAUAGCACAUCCCAGAGAACAACAUUAUUACCUGUGGGGGAGAUGGUAGGUCUCACAGAAAGCACAUCCACGGUUGCCUCUAGUCUGUCAUCAGUAACUCAACCAGCCGCCAUGGUCACAGUUACGUCAUCAAUCACUGUCACAUCACAAUCGCAAGUAACUACCACCCCUUCCACCAUAACAUCCACCAGUACAGCAGUGCAACACACUCCAGGGGUCGUGAUUGGUGGCCAGAAACCGCAGAUUAAACAAAUCAAACACCUCAUUCUUUCGCCACAUAACCAGGAGGCACUCAAGAAAGUACACUCUCAGAUUCAGUCACUCCAAAACAAGAAGUCUGACCAGGACCAGGCAUCGCUACAGCAGCUCUAUGCAGAAUACAAAAAAAUCAUGGCCACUGGAAAGCAUGUAACAGUCACAACCACCACUCAGCAGCCUCAUAUAGCUCCUGCUCCCAGCCAGCCUACGCCAGUAAGGUACUCUCAUCCUGUGGGGCACAAAAUCAUCACAUUCACUCCAUUCAAACAGCAUAUCAAGCAUUUACAACAGGGUCAACAGAGAACAGAACAGAAUAAGCAAGGUUUGCAGAGAUGGAAGGAAACCAUCCCAACGCCCUCAACAGGAGUUGUGACAUCCCCUGGGGCGCAAUCGACAACAACUCCACAUGUGUCUCCAAGUGGACAGGUGGCAGUGAAUUCUGGACAGAGUAGAGUGAGUGCCAGCCCUGGUGUUGGUGCAAGCAUGCCCACCAUUGCCACCUCAGUUCCCUCACCCACUGUGCCCACCACAUCCACCACUAUCUCUAGCUGCACCACAAACAACAACCUGAGCUACUCUGUAAAAACAACCCCACCCCAGUGCUCCCCAGUGUCUUCAGCCACCCCGCCUGCUUCCCACCCCACCACCUCGGGACCGUCCCCAAAGGCCCUAGUGACAACAAGCAUGGUGGUGCAGACCCCAGCCACAGCUGCAACUUCCUGUGUAACUGUGACCAUGGGGACUCAAGACCAGCACUGCCAGAGCCACUCUAAGGCACCUGCUCCAUCACCAGCCUUCAGCAUUACCAAGGAUCAGCUGUUUGAGCAUCAGCUGAAAACAGACCAAAAUGGCGCCUUGAACCCAGAUUACCGUAAUCCAUUCAAGAAUAAAAUUGAUGCUUGCAAGCGGCUCAUCCGUUACCAUGUGUACAGCGAUCAUGGUCCCACUCCAAGGGAUCUGGCUGAGUCUGAUGCCCAGUUUGAGGUUCAGGCAGAGAGUCUUCUCAAAAAGUAUAAUAAUAUGAAAUACAAGUACCAGUCACUCCUUAUAAAAGACAGUAUGAGACGACAUGCCUCCUCAGAGAUGGUGAUGCUCUACCGCAUGUUUGUACAAGAAGAAAAGAUAAACAUCGAGAGGGAUAAAAACGAUGUCCAAAAUGGGAAGAAUUUAGACCUACCAUCAGCACCUGAACACUGGAUCACUGGUGAAACAUUACCGCCUGAUCCUCCGUAUCCAUGGGAGCUUGAGUGGGAUGACGAGAAGAUAUACACAUUUGAGCCUUGGAUAAAGGAGGAGGAGGAGGAAGAGGAAGCAGAAGAAGAGGAAGUAGAGGAAGAGGGUGAUAGGGAAGAGGAAGAGGCAAAGGUAGAAGUGGAGGAGAAUAAAGCAGUAAAAGAAGUGGCAAAAGAGGAAGUCAAGGAGGAGGUAAAGAGUGAGAUUAAGCAAGAAGCAGCACAGGGUGAGCUGAAGGAAGAGAAAACGGAACUGGAGGAGUUUGAUGAUGGUCUAGAAGGAGAUUCCCAACUUCAGAUCUUCAUGGAGGAAGAGGAGGAGGAACAGGUCAAGGCAGAAGAGGAAGAGAAGGAGGAUAAGUCAAGUGUAGCAAGUGUCGACUGUAACAACAAAACGUGUGAUUUGGAUGUGUCGAGUGACAGAGAUUCAAAACAAGAGUUGGAGCAAGAACAGGAGUUAGUGAUUUGUGAUAGUGAAGUGGUGUGUACAAGUAGACAGAACAGUCCUGAGAAAAGCCAGGCUGCAUUGCUAGAGUACGAUACAUGGACGAACUCUGAGGCAGCGGUUCUAGACAGAAUUCCGGUUUGUUCUCAGUCGCCAGAGAUGCACCGAACUCAAAGUGACAAUGCAAAAAAGGUGAAAUCUCCUGAAUACGAGGAGAAUGCAAAAGAAUCCUUCAGGCAAGUGCAUUCUCCAGUAUCAAAAAUAGGUGCUGAUAGGACAGACAAAGAUAAAAGAAAAGAAAGAACAGAUAGAGAUAGAAGAAAAUCUGAUAAAGUAAAAGAGAGAGAUAAAGAAAGAGGAAGGGAUAGGGAGAAAGAGGAUAGACCACCAAAAAAGCUUAAAAUCAAAUUAAAAUCAGAUGAUAGGGCAAUAGUCCCUCCCUUGCGUAUAAGAACAGAGGAAAGAGGGAUUGGUCUUAAAUUAACACUCAAGAAACAGGAAGGUUCAGGGGCGUAUUACAGUGUGGGUGAAGAGAGAAAGCGAGAGUAUCGGGUGGAACAGAAUGAGGAGGAAGAGGAGGAGGAAGAGGAACAACUGGAGGAGGUGCCCAGAAGGCCAUUUGAAGAGGAGGAAGAGGAGGAAGAGGAUGAGGGAGAUCAAGAGGGACAUGGGCUGAAGGAGGUGAAGGUUGUGCUCCAGGAUGUGCUCAAGGACAAAAGAUACAAAAAACAGAUUGAGGAACGUAGUAGUAAGAAGAGAAGGCGAGAAAAAAGUGAUAACAGAGGGGACAGGGCGGAAGGAGGGGACCGAGGUGAGAGGGCGGACAGAAGUGAGAGAGGUGACCGGCACGACCGGAUAGAUAAGAAUGACUGGUGCGACCGGAAUAACUCUGUGUGGACAAUUCACUCGCAUCACCAGAGCGAAGGAGAGGAAAAUUCAUUGCAACAUGCCAACCAUGAGAACAGAACUUGGAACCACAACAGUGGUGUUGAGUGGCGAAGGAGUGAAGGCGCUUCCAGUAUCGAAAACCUAAGUGAUCACAGGACAUCCAGAGAUUACAGUCCCCGAUUGCAGCCUCUGAACGACCACUAUGGACAGGAGUACUCCAGUCGGCAUAACCAUUCUCAGCCAUAUGGGCAUUCUGGGAGUCAACCAAGAAACUCGCAUAACUAUUAUUAGGCUCCCUUAUCUCCUCUUUAUAUGUUUCUGGAGAGAUGAUUGUUGUUUAUGUUUAUUUUUGUUUUGAAUUGAUGUACGAAUCUUUUUUUAUUAUUACCAUCUUGGCUCUUAUACCUUGCAGUUCUUUAAUAUAGCACAAAUAGAAUGGAUGUAUAAAAAGUGUUGAGUUUAUGGAGAAGAAAAUCAGUUUUUAUCCAUCAAGAUUUCAUGUAAAUGUAAUCGUGAUGUCUGAUAAAUAUACAUCUGCUUAUUUAUUUCUUGGAAGAAAACUUCAGUGCCCAACUUUUUAGCCUAUUAUUGAAAGUUUAAACUUUUCUUUUUAUCAAUUUCCCCCAUCCCCCUCUAUUUAAUUAGUAAUCAUCUUUUUUUUGUUUGUUUGUUUUAUAUAUUUUUUUCUAGCAUCUUAAUGUUGAAUCUAGUCUCAAUCCACCUCUACUUCUGGACUGUAUAUAGCCAGGGUAUGAUUGCUCAGUAACAAGUGACACGUUUGCAAUUACUAAACCUCUGUCAAGAUGACUCACAGUCUCAGCACAUUUUGUCUUUCUUUUCUUUUCUUUUCUUUUUUUUUUUUCUUCUUUCUUUCCACAAUUUGCUCCGGGCUGCUAGAGAUGGAGGUGCGUUCUUGUCUCCCAGUGUUGGAGCAACUUGUGAAAAAGAGGCCAUGGGAUGCGUGGCUCAUCUUGAAAGGGGGCUUCUUAGAAUGGGAAAGGGCAGGAUUUCCCCAUGUGAUUGUCAAAGUCAUUCGAAGACUUUUUAAUACUUAAAAACCCUGUGGUGUACCUAUGUUUCAGUAGGUGUAAAUGUUUUAUAUAGGAUCCUAUUAGAGUAAUUUAGACGACCUAACAAGCGUGGUUAAUGCCCUUCAUAAGGAAACUCAUUCUCAAAAUAUGUGAUCUCAAGUGUGAUUUUUUUACAAGCUUUUCUCAUUUUCUACUGUUGCAGUGGUAUGAAGUAUGGUUUGUGUGUAUAUUUUUGCCAUGUACUUACUACUAUUGUCCCAUAGGUUGUUGAGAUUUUCAGGGAGUUUAUCAGCCUAGAUAACUGAUAUAAUUUUAUCUUUAUUAUAAUUAUUGAUUAUGACUUUUUUAUGACAAAGCUAAAUAAAAUGAAAAAAAUACAGGCUGACUUGCUAUCUACAAAACAGUACUUCAGCAGUGUGGUGAUGCAGAAUUCUGUUAAUCCAACAUUAUGGGUUUGCAAUAAGUCAAAGAUGCAUAAUUCUUUACUAGUUGUCCCCCUGCUCCAUCGUAUUUCAAGAAGGCAAUUGUGAACAAUCAAUAAUCACAUUGAAAAUAGCUUUUCACAAGGAAGGGAAACUGGUGGAACGCGUAAAUGUUUAGUGAUAUUUAUUAUUGAGUGUAAGGGAGUGUUACUUAUCUGGAAGAUAUUAAAGGAAAAGCUGUUAUUAUGGAAAAAAAAAUGGUUUGUGCUCAAUUUUCUGUCUAAAAAUGUAAAAUAUAUGGAAAUGAUUAUUGUAAACUGAAACUGCUAAUUGAUAGGGCUCAUUUAUUUAUAGGGCUCAGUGAGAAUUUCUUUGAUAAAUAAAUUAUUGGCCCAAUAAUCAACUUUUCCUGUUUUUCUUUUAUUUAUUUUUUAGUAUCCACCAAGGUAUUCUGGACAAUCCAACAACUCAUUUGAAAUAUUACAUUUAUUAAGUAGUAUCAUUUCUUUUAGGGGAGAAAAAUGAUUGACUUGAUAACUAACACUCUCAUACCAGACAGAGCUUGAUAGCAAGCUUUCAGUGAUUUUCCCUCCUAGUGAUGACACCCAAGUAAGCUUGUGGAAGAACUGGCAUGAAGGCACCUUUGUCCUUUGGAGUGUACUUCAUGGACAUUAGGAAUAAGACUGGUACUUUGGCAGCUACAUGUUAAGAAGACAAAUGCCAGUUCUUCCCUCUCUGAAAAAAUAAAUAGUAGAAGAAUGGUCAGGAACAGAUAGUAGAGGCAAUUAUAUUUUUGUUUUUCCUCUUUUAGUUUAUUUCUCUCUCUCCCCCUCCCUCUUUUUUUUCUUGUGGUCAGUUCCAGAAUUUUUGGAGGUCUUUGCUACUUCCUUUAAGAGUACAACUAGCUUAUGCCGAGGCUUCACCCUGUGGAAGGUAGCUGUAUAACCUAGAUAGCUUUCAUACCACAAAUACGGCAGCGAUAUUGAGGUUUAGUUUUUAUUGUGUACAAUACAUGCAAUACUUGUUUAUUUCUUAUCAGUGGUGUCCCUUCCAAGUAAGCAGUCACAGGUUCCAGGAAUCUUCUUAAACAUCCUAUUGGGUGUGUCCUCAUAGUAUUCUACAGCUCUAUUAUUGCUUGUGCAUAUCAAUGGUGCAGUUUUUUAUAUAGACUUAACAGACUGUUUAUUGCAUUUUAUGCAAAAAAUAUGCAGUAUUAGUUUUAUAGUACCAUGAGAGAAUUUGUUAAGUUUCUUUAACCUGUCUGCUGAAACAGUUUUUAAGGUGAAGGCACAAUGUCUCAAGCAGCAGCAAAUGUGUAUGCAGAGCACUUUUUGUGAGCAGCUAGUUAUGUGUCAUAUUCACAUGCAAAUGAUGUUGAACUACUGGAAUAUCAAUAUACAGAAUUUGCUGGACAAUUUGCUCUGCUUAAGAUUUCAGGCUUCAUUAGCUAAAGAAUUAAUUAAAAGCUUGUGGUUACAUUGUGACAGAAACCACAGACUUGUCAGACACCGGAGCAUGAAGACAUUGUUUUAGCCCAGUGUCCAUAUGUGCUUCACAUUGUGCUACAAAUGGGGUCAGCGGUGCUUUUAUGAAUAUCCCAAAAUGCUUUCCUUUCAACAGCCAAAUUCAAAAUUCACCCCGUGAAAGAAUCUGGCAUUAAGUAUACUUCUUCCGUACUGAAUGGCAAAAAAAAAAAGGUAGUCAGUGUAAAUUCUGAAGUAUCACUUUUUAAUCCAUAUUCUCCUAAGAAAAUUGUUUAAUUAUAAUUAUUAUUUUAAGUACAGUCUCCCAUCGAAACAAAAGUUACUCAACGUAUGUCUUGUUACCGUAAUGUGACCUGACCACCCAGUGAUCUGUUGUGAGUAUAAGGGAGGGGGUCUGCAAAAUUGAACUGUGCCAUAGAGAUCAUCUGCCCCCUCCAGAACGUCUCUGUUGCUGUUAGGCCAGUUUUCGAUUAUUGGUCCAGUUAAUGAAUCUAAAAAAAUUAAUGGGGUUUUCAUUAUUGAGUUUUCCACUGCUAGGAGAGUAGCCCAUAUUUGAAAGCUGGUUGGAAGAAUCACCAUCUUUCAUGUUCUAAGAAGUGAUCUCUCCAGUCUUCAUAGGGACACUGUUCAGUGCCUUUUUUCGAGGAAAGUUUACCCCCUUUGCAUAAAAAAUGUACGAUCGAUUUGUGAAUUUAAAAAAUUUCAAACUUUUUUCAGUUGAUUUUUUAUUUAAGAUAAGAAAUUCCUAUAUUAUGGGUUACUUUUCUGAGCUCCCAUUAACUCUGGGUACUUGACACUAGGCCAAGUUGCUCAGUUGUGUGUCAAUGGAAUGUAUCCACACUAAAUGAGGGAGGGACUAUCAUUUUAAGCAAACAUGACAUAUGAAAGAAAAAAAAAAGAAAGAGAAAAAACUAUUUUGAAUAAGUUAUUUUUUAUACCUCAUAAUGUUAAAAAAGUUGAUAGUUGAUUUUUUUUUCUAUUUUCAUUUGAUUUUGUUAUUUUUUGUUGGAAGGGACCUAUGUUUUGUCUCUCAGGGUCCAUGAAGUAUGGUAAACUCACAAGAUAUGUGAUGACUAAAUGUAUCUUUUAAUAAUAAAAUUAUGAAUCAAAAGUGAAA